CCAGGACAACAUCCUUCGGUGGUUACAAAAAUAAUUCCAACAGGAGAGGUCGUAGGCGGACUAAUUAAUUACGGUAUCUCCAUGGCAUUGCGGAAAAUGCUCCAUAUCACGGUCUUCUUGCGUAACGAAGCCCAAACCAAUCAUUACUAUACAGGGUGGUCUUUGUAAACGGCAAAGGAAAUGCAUAAAUUCCGGGUGCUUCGUUACAAUGCAUUGCACACGAUGCGAAACCUUUCAUGUCGUUAUUUGAUCUUUGUAACAACAACAAGACGUACUUAUUUCUUUUCCCUAUUAUACAUUCUGGUUCCGAACCAGAACUUUAAAGAUGGUUUUACAAAAAUUAUAAAAUUCAUUCCCCGAUGUGAUCAAUACAAAUAAAAUAAAAUUGCAGCUAGCAUGCUUUUUAUGACAACUGUAUCAAGACUUUCAUAUGAGUACGAACUUUGGAACAGAUUAGGAAUCAAUGCAGGCUAUUUAUAAAUAGGUUUUCUAACUGGAACUUUCGGUUCGGUUCGGAAAUUAAAUUAUCUACUAAAUAUAAAAUAGUGACUGAUACACAAAUUAGAUCAGUUAUCAUUUUAAAGAUAAAGUAUAUGCCUCGAAUGCUAUCGCGACAUCGUGCCCCGAUUUAUGGGUAAACACAUCUAAGUAUAUGAUACAAUACCCACUUCAUUACAUCUACAAAUUGUAAUUGAACGGUUUACACCACUCAGAUCUGAUUGCCGUUUAUUUCCUUAAAUAUAACAAGUAAAUAAACCUGCAUACACCUAAACAAGAAAAUGGAUGCAUUAGUUUUACUAAGCACUUUAAUUGUUGAGGUAUUUGCAGAAGUUUCUAAAGGGAACUAUGCAUUAAUGCCAGAGUUAUUUCACUUAGAUGACUUUGAUCGAUGUCUCAUGUUAGGCGAAAAUGCGUUGUAUUGUACAUUUAAAAUGCAACUAGCGCCACUUGAUGGAGCAGCCGAUUUAAAAGUCUGGGAAACGAUGCAGGAAUUGAAUUCAUCGCGAAAGAAUUUUCGACAUGAUUGGUUGCGGCAUGGAAUUUGUGUACCAUUCACAUGUCCGAAUGUCGUUCAAAAUGGAUCAACGAACAAAAUUAGGCAAAAAGGAAUUAGCGACUGUUACUCCGCAAAGUUGAAAGGAUAUGGACUGAAAGGGCACGUUACGAAAAUUCAUUGUGAAACUGAGAAAUCAUUAUAUCGUGUCGACUAUCUUGACACAAUUGUAGCAAUAGUCCUGCUAUCGCUAUUAGUAAUAGUAACCUACUCGUCAUUAUACGAAGGAGUUGCACGGUAUAAAUCAAAAGAAGAUUACGAUCGAAUCACUUCAACUAAAUAUGGGAAGAUAAUGCAAUGUUUCUCAAUACCAAAGAAUUGGGAUAGACUCUCCAUGGUACACACGGAUCCGGACGCUAAUCAAUUAAAGUGUAUGAACGGAAUGCGUUUCUUCAGUAUGAUAGCAGUAGUUGUUUGUCAUAGUUUUAUGGCUUCUUCAUGUGGUUUUGUAUCAAAUCCGCAAUACAUGGAAAAAAUGACUUUUGAUCCAAAAGCUAUGUUAUUUUUAAAUGGCCAUACCGCUACGCAAACUUUUUUCGUAAUGUCUGGGUGGUUAUUAUCUUACCACUUCUUCUUGACUUUCGAAAAGGUCCACUUUCAGUUUACUUACAUUUUAUACGCGUUUGUUCAUAGAUACGUAAGAUUGACGAUACCGUUAGCUGUGGUUGUAGCAAUCAACGCCACGUGGUUGCCGCAUUUGGCUAGGGGUCCGGUGUGGGACCAAGCUGUUGGAAACGAGUAUCGCAGUUGCAGAAAAAACUGGUGGGCCAAUUUGCUUUACGUCAACAACUAUUACGAGGAGAGAAACAUGUGUCUACCGCAUAGCUGGUAUCUAGCAGCCGACACUCAACUCUUCUUGUACUCCCUACUUCUACUUUCAAUUAUAUGGAAAAACAGAAGGAUUGCUUCCAAAGUGUUUGCCGCUUCGUUAAUAAUGGGAGUGUUGGUACCAGGCAUCCUUGCUUAUAUACAUGAUAUUCACAUAGUGCUGCGUGCGUAUCCAGAGAAUCUUCAAACUCGCCUUGUAAAUCUUCCUGAGUGGUCAUACUUCAUGGUACCUGGGCACACUUCUAUCGGUGGUUACACAAUAGGCCUAAUUGGCGGUUACCUGUACUAUAAGAAUCGAAACAAGAAACUUUUUGCAAAGACGUAUCAGCAUAUAUUAUGGUUUGUGGUGGUGUUCUCAUUCCCACUCACUGUAAUAUUGUUGGGUCUACUUUUACAUGAUGACAAUUAUACACCUUCGAGCUUAGAAACUGCUGUAUACGUGGGCCUCUCUAGAAACCUGUAUGCAUUUGGAAUGUGCCUCAUGAUUUUUGGGUUUACCCAAAAUAUAGGAUGGUUGGUCAAAGACAUCGUAAUGAUACCGGAUUUGCAAUUCUUAGGAAAAUUUUCGUACUGCGUGUACUUGGUACAUUUCACAAUAAUACUUAUACGAAGUGGCCAUACCAGAUCGACGAUCUAUAUAUCGGACCCUGAAAUGAUUCAUCGAGCAAUAGGAGAUGUAGUCAUAUCGACGGUAUUCGGUGUAGUGCUAUGUUUAUUCGUGGAAAUGCCAACUUCUGCCUUAGAAAAACUAAUCAUGUCAAAGGAGCGAAAAUCUAAAGUCGGAUAGAAAACAAUUUUAUUUGAUGUCUAAACAGUUAAUAAUAAUAAUAAUAAUAAUAAUAAUAAUGUUUAUUGGUGAUAUAUACGUUAGUUAUGAAAAUAGGGUCGAAGUAUUCUUGAUCUUGUGUCAUCAUGGUACUCUAACUCUAAACCAAAGAGGGUUGUACUAAAAAAUCUCGGCCACUGCAUGACAAAUUAACGCAAGUAAAAACGCGCUGGGUAACAUCUCAUAGGGAAAUAAUUUAUUGUAGAUAAACGUAUUACUAAUAAAUGAUAAAUACUCGGAUAG